GCAACCACUUGAGGUGGCCGUCGUGCGGCCGUCGGGGACGUGCGACUGAGCGCCAGCUCCGCCUGCCCCGCUGCGCACAUUUAUUAUUAUGAUUUUUUUCUUUUUUUUUCCUUAUUUUUGAAUUGCCGCAUUUUUUUCGACCGGGUUGUUUCUCAGCGGACCGCGGCGCCCCUCUGACCACGGACUCGGCAGCCGAACGUUAGCUGCGGGUGGAGCAUGGGUACGACCGCCAGCGCAGCGCCGCCCCCGCCGCCGCCUGAAAGCGUCCACGGCAACGGGAUGGCCGCCACGAGCCCCUUCCACGCCGUCAACGGCAAGGCCAAGUCCAUCAUCACCAACAAGGUGGCGCCUGUGGUGAUCACAUAUAAUUGCAAGCAGGAAUUUCAGAUUCACGAUGAUCUCCGCAAGAGCAACUACAAAGUUGGCCGGAUAUCGGACGCCAUGCCCGAGCAUUACCUGGUGCAGGGCGAGUACUUCAUGGUGCAGGACGUGUACGGCAAAGCGGACGUCCUCAGCACGGCCGCCUCUUUCGGGGCGCCCAACUUCCGCCGGGUGAAGGGAUCGUCGUACCCGCUCUACGGGAUGGGCCAGCCCAGCGUCGGCGGCUUCGGGCGGGUCCUGCAGAGGCUCCAGGCGCAAGGACACCAGGAGGUGAUAUUCGUCUGCGUGCGAGAGGAGCCGGUGGUCUUCCUGCACAAAGGCGACGAUUUUGUUCCGUACACCCCCAGAAGGAAGGAGAACCUCCACGAGAACCUCCACGGCCUGGAAAAGGCGCAGCCGGUGGAAGCGCUGGAGCUGACCGUCAGGAAGGAGCUCCACGACUUCGCCAAGCUCAACGACGACGUCUACUACGUGUACAACGACAUCGAGUACCUGAAAGACGAGCCCCAGAAGAUGAUCAUCACGUGCGAGGAGGACGUCCACGUGACCGAGGAGGUCUACAAGCGUCCCGUGUUCACCGUGCCGACCUACAGCUAUUACAGAUUGCCGCUACCUGUAGAGGGCGCACCUUUGGAAGAAGACUUUGACGCCUUUGUCAACAUACUCAGGGAGCACCCCAGCCUGUCCCCGCGGCGGGCGGCGCCGGCGGAGCCUCCCGCUCUGCUCUUCGGCUGCCAGGUGGGCGUCGGCCGCACCAACCUGGCCAUGAUCCUCGGCGCCCUGGCCGUCAACCGACUCCGGGGCGAGUCACGCCCCCCCCCACUCGAGGAGGCGACCGACGGACCUCCGGAGGCCAAACCGGUUUUCCGCAUCAUCCAGACUCUGACGGCCAAGCUGCCUAAUGGACAGCAAGUCACGGAGGAGGUGGACCGGGCCAUCGCGCUGUGCUCGGAAAUGCACAACAUCAAAGAAGCAAUCUACGAGAACAAAAGCAAGCUGGAGGGCAUCGGAGACGAUUAUCAGCUCGAGGGGAACAGCACCAAAGAGUACUUCCGCAACAGAACCCGGCAGAGCUUGGAGCGCUACUUCUACCUGAUCGUGUUUAACGCGUACCUCCACGAGCAGUACCCGCUCGCCUUCGUGUGCAACUUCAGCCAGUGGAUGUGCCGCCACACUUGGCUGUACCGCCUGCUGGCCCGGAUGGACCUUUCCGAGCUGUCGGCGCCGCCCGAGCUGGUCACCAGAGGAGCCCGGGUCCUGGUGGCGGGCGAGUAUUUGGCCCCCGACGUGUUGAGAACGGCCAAGGAGAUGAAGGCGCCCAACUUCCGCCGCGUGCCCAAGAUGCCCGUCUACGGGAUGGCGCAGCCCACGUCCGAGGCCGCCGGAGCCGUGCUGGCCCACCUGACGGACCAGAAGCGGCAGCACCGCCGCGUUUUGUGGGUCAACCUGCAGGAGGAGCUGGUCCUGGAGGCUAACGGGCAGAUCUUCACGCCCAGGGAGCCGUCGCGCUUGGAUCAGCACAUCGCCGUCCCGACGUCAGACCCGCACGUCAUCGAGAAACUGGAGAGCUCCCUGAAGGAGGAGAUCCUGCGCGCCCAGAAGUGGUUGGAAGUGACGCUGGAGCAGGAGAAGCAGAUGAAGAUGCUGAAGAGCGUCGCCACGCCGCAGGAGAUCUUCGCCCGGCACAAGAAGGCCACGCCGGCGCUGGCCUACAAGCGCGUCCCCCUGCCCGAGUGCGCCGCCCCCCGCGAGGAGGAUUUGGACGAGCUGCUGGACGCCAUGAAGGGCGCCCUGGCCGAGGAUUCGCGCUCGGCCUUCGUCUUCAACUGCUCCGACGGCAAAGGCAGGACCACCACGGCCACGGUGCUCUCCGUGCUGACUCUGUGGCACUUCAACGGCUUUCCGGACUUUACCGAAGACGAGAUCGUCAGCGUCCCGGAUGCCAAGUACACAAAAGGAGAAUUUCAGGUGGUGAUGCAGCUGGUGCGCCUGCUGCCCGACGGCCAGCGGAUGAAGCGCGAGGUGGACAUGGCGCUGGACUCGGUCUCCGAGACCAUGACGCCCAUGCACUACCACCUGCGGGAAAUCAUCAUCUGCACCUACAGACAGAUCAAAAGCGGCAAGACUGAGAAGGAGCGUCAUCAGCUCCUGCUGAGGAGUCUGCAGUAUCUGGAGCGCUACGUUUACCUCAUCCUCUUCAACACGUACCUGCACCUGGAGAAGAAGGACUCGUGGCGGCGUUCCUUCACGCUGUGGAUGGAGCAGGUGGCCUCCAGGGCGGGCGUGUACGACAUCCUCAACCGGCUGAGCUUCCGCGAGUUCGAGACCCCGACCGCGGGGGAAGCCCCGCUGGCGCGACUGCGCCGGCGCUGGCAGCGGCAGAACCUUCUCCCCGAGCUUCCUUUCCGAGGGCGCUUCCUCUGAGGGCAAACGCCGUUUCGAGUCACGGACUCGAAAACUCCACUCCACUCGUUCCGUUUGGACUCGACUCGUCUCAACUUUUCCGUGGACUAAAAGACUCGAGAUUCCAAAUGCAAUACUACGUUGUCAUUCCUUUCAAAAUGCCUUUUUUAACUUCUAAUACUUUUUAUCCUUGCAAAGUGAAAAGUUUUGUCAUGACGUCACUUCAGCCAACCUGGUUGUUGUUGAGUGAGGAGCUCUUUCUUGUCGUACGAGUUUGCAAAAUGACGAGCUAAACAUUUCACUGACGAAUAUUUUCUCCUCAGUUUGACUUUCUUCUUGUAACUUUUGGACUUUUUCACUUGUUUAACUGUUUCUCGCAAAAUGUGAACUUUUUGCUUUGUUAAAAAAAAAUUUUGGCUUUUUUUUUUCACAAAAUGACUUUUUUUGAUGGAUUGACUUUUUUUUUUUUUUCUCGAAGUGAACAUUAUUUGACUUUUCUGUCAUCAAAAGGAAUUUUUCUUAUCAAAUUGAAUUUAGUCUCCUUGUUUUUUCGUGUCGACGCUCUCACGGAAGAAUUUUUUUGUAUGAAUUGUAAUUUUUUUGCAUAUUUGGCCUUUACUGUGGUCAUAAAUAGCAGUUCUCUUGCUAUUCAAGUUGUUAUAAAGUAAUGACUUUUUGUUUAUUAAUAUUGACUUUAUUCCUGUCAAACGCUGACUUUUGUUUUCUCACAUUGUGCAAAAAUGGAAUUUAAUUGUGACAUGGCAACUUUUGUCUGGUUCGAGUUAGACGUGUUUCUGACUAUUCGGACUUGAAAAAAAAAAUGGACGAUGUUCUGUUUCCUUUUUUUUUUUUCUAAGAGCGCAAUAAAGUGUUGUGCUGCAUUUUAUGCGGGUUUUUUUUUGACGUUUGUGUUUUCCCUUGCCAACUUUUUUCUCUUUGGCGCUGGUGAUGUUGACUUGGUUUCUUUUUUUUUCCAUUUUUUUUCUUCCUGUAAAAAAAACAUCUGUAAAAUUGAAACUUUAUAUCUUGUCAAAUUUGUACUUUGGCUAAUUAAAUUUGUGACAUUCUUAACUUUUUUUUUCUUGUAAUAUGACUUUGGUCUUGAAAUGAUGACUUAUUCCCAUCAUAUUACAGGUUUGUUCAUUUUUUUUCCACUAAUAUUGGAACAGUCUCAAAAUGAGGGCUUCAUUUUUAUAAUAUUACACGAUUAUUCUAGUAAAACACAUUUUAUUCUUGUAAUAUUAGAGCAAAAAAAUGUUUUUGUUUUUGUAAAAAUGGCUGUUGGAUGUUAAAAUUCUUUGAAGUGUAUGACUAUUUCAAAGUAAAAUUCUCUUCAAAUUACAACUUGAAUGUAAAAUUACAAACGUUUUUGAGGAAAUGAACGAA